GUACUUAGGGCGCUUUUAGUGUCACGCGGAUUUGCUCACGCACGCGGGAUUGGACCGCAUGCGUAAAAUUUCACGCUGCGGAUCAUACGCAGCAUGAGUUUCAGUUUGCUACGGGCUGCGUAACGGUAUAGACGUGUUCAAAAAUGAUCAAUGUCAGAAGAAUAUCUAUCGCUUACAUACUUUACAAACGACGAAACAAGAAGACAAGAGUACAUGUUGAUCCCUUUCUUGAAAAUAGGCUUCUUGCUGGGGCGUUUGUUACACACUUUGGAAAACUACAAAAUAAUGAACGUAAAUUUAAAAAUUACUUUCGAAUGUCCAUUCGUUCUUUUGAUGAACUGUUGUGUAAAAUUGAGAAUAAGCUACAAAAACGCAGUUUACGAAGGAUUACAAUACAACCGAUUGAGAGGCUCGCUAUUACAUUAAGAUAUUUGGCAACUGGUAAUACAUUCACUGAUCUACACUAUUCCUAUAUGAUUGGAAUUGCAACAAUUAGCGAAAUAGUAAGACAAGUUUGUUACAUAAUAUGGAUUGAACUAAAGUCUGAAUGUAUUCCACAGCUUAAUGGGAUCAAAUGGAAAGAAAUCGCAGAGGGAUUUCUCACAUAUACAAAUUUUCCUAAUUGCUUGGGUGCUAUUGAUGGAAAACAUAUAAGAGUGAUUCGGCCGCCGCACAGUGGAUCACUAUAUUUUAAUUAUAAGAAAUAUUAUUCUGUAGUGCUCCUCGCAAUGUGUGAUGCUGAUUAUAAUUUUACAUAUAUUAAUGUCGGUACCAGUGGAAGCAACGCCGAUUCAACCAUCUUUAGAAGGAGUCAAUUGUAUACGAAACUGGAAAGUAACACGUUGGGUAUCCCUGACCCGCAAGAGUUGCCUAUUAUUUGCCCCGAAGUAGCUUAUCCAUCUAGUGUAAGAGCAAAGUUGCCGUUCGUGAUAGUGGGAGAUGAGGCAUUUGGUUUAUCAUCACAUAUGAUGCGGCCUUAUGCUCGUGAUAAUUUACCUUACAAAAAGAAAAUAUUUAAUUACCGUCUGUCCAGAGCUAGAAGGUACAUAGAAUGCACUUUUGGAAUUAUGUCAAAUAAAUUUAGAAUAUUUCACAGAUCCAUGACUGUCAAGUUAGAUCUAGCACAAUCAAUAGUCAAGACGGCAUGUCUACUUCACAAUUUCAUAAGGAAACGGGAUGGCUACAUGGUCAGCCAUACAUUUGUCACAAAUGGUUUUACGGGACCACUACCCAGGCAGCAGACUGAAAGUAGUAAUACGUCGGCAAGUAAUAUCAGAGAUAUAUUUGCAGAUUACUUUAUCAAUGAAGGAAAAGUCUCCUGGCAACACCGAUAUAUAAUUAAUUAACUAAACUCAAAAGGUUUUAGAAGGUUUUUGAUGUUAUUUGUGAAUUAAAUAAUUAUGCUUAUAUUAAUAAAGUAAUGAUGCUUGUAUAAAUAAAAUAAUGAACCAAACACA